AUGGAGGUUGACCGACACGAUGUAAAUGAAGAAAUCCAGCCACUGCCCCGCAAAUGUGGUAGAAAAUCCAGCUUCUUUCGCAAGUCCUUCAGUGCCUAUGCAGAAUCCUGCAACCAAACAACGUCUGUGAGAUCGACAAUUUUCUCUGCCAAUGAAAGUACUGAAGAAACAGAUGACAGACUUAUUGCACUUCUGAAGGAACAGAAAAAACAAAAUAAAGUAACCCUCGAGGAAUUGAAGGAUGCCUGUAUUCUAGCGAAGGCACAGAGCUUUCAAGAUUCCUUUGAUUUUGAGAAGGAAUUCGAGGCAGGAAUGUGUGAUAAGGAUGCUUUGAAAUGGAAAGAAAAUUUGGAAUUCAUCAAUGCAGCUCCUGAUUAUAAAGGACUUUUUGCAAAGUUCGAGUCACUUAAAGAAAAAAUUGCCCUCGAGACACGACUUGAUGCUAUGCUGAAGGAAGCAGCCGCCAACUUUGCCCAUGCUGCUCAAAACAAAAUUCAAAAUUCAGUUGGCAAUGUUAUCCAAAAACUUGCAGAAGAAAGAUUAACAAUGGCUGAUAUCCUGACUCCUGAUUUAAACAUCGAUUCUGAUGGCAUUAUGAUACCUUCAUUUCUAAAUACUUCAAACAGUCAAAUAGAUGAAAAAGAGAACUGUAUGUCCUAAUGACUGUUCAAAAUGUUUUAUUGUUAUGUAUGUAAUAUAAAUAUUUUAUUAAUUAACUCUUUCAAUGCCACAGGUAAGUUAGCUUGUCCACUGCGGUGAGCACAAUGAACCGCAGAGGGGUUAACUUGUUUUCAAGUCAAGUGCACCUUAAGACCUCCCCAUCUUAGCGGAAUGAUGAAAUAAAGAAUGCAGGUCAACCCCUCAUAAACCUAGCUGCUCAUCCAAUUGUUUCCCGGAACCGUCUCUUUUCAUGGUGUGAAUUGUGUACCAUUUUUUAUUUUCACCUAGGUUACGGAGUGAGCACAACAAAUCUUACUGUGGUAUUGAAAGGGAAAAGUAAAGUGAACAAUUGUCGAAAUAUUAAUAUUUAAAAUGGGUACAUUGUAAAAUUAUCAUGUUCACCAAUUUCGUAAUGUAACAUAUUUAGAGUUUUUGUAAUAAACUUUCAAAAUUUU